ACCUGAGGGCAUGACGCAUGACGACAUCCCUAGGGGUCACCUGUUGCGCCGUUUCUUCUUCCGUUUGUUGUUUUUUCGUGUAGCGCCGGCUUUUCAGGAAAUUAUAUUGCGGUCGGGGGUUUGUCAUGCACCCCACCUGCAAUGUGUUCAAACAAGUUUCGUGGCUUUGUCUAGCGUCUGCGAACUUGUAGUUCAAAUUUCAAAGUUUGUUUUGGACGCUUCCAAACUCUUCAAUGGCUGAGGGCGGCGAUGAACUCCCGGAAAAUGGUGACUUAUCGUCGCAGGAGGAUGCGACUGAAUCAGUUGCGGAGCGGCUGCUGCGCCCUGCAGGUGCAGGAGGGCCACCACUGCAUUACCUGUGCCACACAUUAUCGCAUUACAGCGGCCACCACGACUGGGCGCGGGCCAUCUGCACGCUCCUGCCCUCUCGGCGUGCAAGUUCCGACCGCAAGGCGAGCAUCGCCGCCGUUACUUUGCCCAGGAUGAGCCGGCAUGUCGAAGAAGAUUCACAUGCGCUACGGGUCCGUCGGCAGUUGUCCAACGCAGAUCAUCGGCGGAGGCCAGCUUCCUUCUACGCGGAGCAGGCAUCGCGCACCCGAUCACCAGCUUACCGUCGCAGCUACAGCUGCAGCGAUUCUGUGUUUGAAGAGGAUGACGAAAGAGAUGACGGCCAGGAAGAGCCAAUGUCUGAGCAGGAACAAGCUGAACUGCUAGCUGCCAUCAAAAACCUUCCAGUGCCUUUGGCCAUGCGGCGGAUUUUUAGGAAUCGGUUACAGAAGGCUCCAUACCACCACGGGGAAAAGUUUGACAUGUGGGACUUCAAGAGCCUCAAGGCGAUGAGGAAAGCGUCAGAAAUAUGGAAGGACGUGAGCAGCUUCCUCACAAUGUGGUCCAAUUCACUAAAACAAAUAGAAGGUCACUACGGCACCGGUGUGGCAUCUUACUUCUUGUUCCUCCGUUGGUUGCUGUUCCUCAACUUGCUCAUGUUUUUCCUGCCACUGUUACUCAUCAUCAUACCUCACUUUGUUUUUCCAAAGACUUCCACUUCACUGCCUCUCUCACACCUCCUCGUGCCAAGUCCAUUCACAGUUCUACCAAUUAACGCAACUACAGGGUAUUCCACGUCUUCUCCGGCACCAUUUGCAGCAGCUUUUACGGCGGAAGAGAUGUCGAACCGGACCUCGCAGUUGGCGGAGGAAUGCUACACGAUGUAUCGAGUUCGCGUCACGGAAGCUACGGGUGGAGGCAUAUCCUACUUACAGGACUUCCUUCAGGGCACUGGCUGGAUGGAGUUGACGGCACUGUUUGCGGGACGAUACUACGAGGCCGUGGAGAGUCUCCCGUCCACUCGGCUGCCGUACAACUUUCCUCUCGCCUACAUUCUUGCCAACAUCUGUUGCUUCCUCCUCUGCCUCCUCAUGAUGAUAAGAUACACCACGGUCGGUGUUCGCGAAACUCUCCUGGUGUCCGAAGGCAAGCUGCACCAGUACUGCAACUUGGUCUUUGCAUCGUGGGAUUUCUGCAUCACGGAUGAGCGUACCGCUCGUCUCAAGCGCAUCAGCAUUAUUCAAGAACUGAAGAGCUACCUUGCAGAAGAACGCAGGGAUGCAGAGCUGGCACAGUGGUCGCGUUCCAAAAAGAUUACUCUCCUAGUCGUGCGCUUCUUUACCAACUUGGUAGUCUUGAUCAUCAUUGCUGCAUCAUUGUAUGCUGUAUAUGUGGCUACGAGCGCUUCUUUUGGGGAACAGGCCAGUUCAGAUGGUAGCAGCAAAGACGGCUUUUGGGCUCUCGUGGUACAGUUCAUCCCUUCACUUGUCAUCACUGGGCUCAACAUUGUCAUCCCAGGCGUAUUCUCCCACUUGAUCCGCUUUGAAAACUACUCAACCGCUUUCGAAAUAAAACUUACCCUGCUCAGGACAGUGUUCCUGAGGUUCACUUCCAUCUUUGUGUUGCUGAUCUCACUUUACAAACAAAUCAACUGCGAGAAAGGCGAACAAGGCGUCUGCUUCGAAGGCAAGGAUGACGUCUGUAAGAAGCCUGUCUGUUGGGAGACUGCUGUUGGGCAGCAAAUUUACAAGUUGACCCUGUUGGAUUUCGUGGUUGGCGUCGCAUUGGUCUUCCUCAUAGAACUUCCCAGAAGGCUGCUCGUAACGCGCGUAGAUUCCAAAUUGACAAAGUGGAUUGGAAGGCCAGAGUUCAGCAUCCCAACGAGAGUUCUUGACCUGGUCUACUCUCAGACACUUUGCUGGCUUGGCACAUUCUACUGUCCAAUUUUACCAGCGAUCAGCAUCUUGAAAUACUUCAUUAUAUUCUACGUGCAAAAGUAUACACUGAUGAACAAUAGCGGGCCAUUGCAGACGUCCUACCGAGCGUCCCGCUCCAAUACCUUCUUCAUGAUAGUGCUGAUGCUCGCGCUGUUCCUAGUUAUUGUACCUUUUGGCUACGCACUUGUGGAGAUACCUCCAUCAGUGGCAUGUGGCCCAUUCCGCCAUUUUGGAUCCACCUGGGACGUAGUGAAGGACACGGUGCGGAGAUGGGGCUGGCCAUUGCAGAACAUUGUCAGCUUCCUGACCAGCAUGGCAUGUGCCUUACCUACGGUCUUCAUACUAGUCAUCUGCAUCUACUCCUACUUAUCGGUGUCUGCAGCCCAUCGGCACAUGGAGAAGGUUUUGAAGGACAAGCUAGUGCUUGAAGGCAAGGACAAGCAAUUCCUCCUAGCCAGGAUAACGGAGGUAGCACGACAACAGGCAGCCUCAAACAGGUGACACGAGAGCCCUGGGUACAGCCAGAUCAAUAUCUGAUGUCAAACCACUGCAUCAAAGUCAGCAGCAAAGUUCAGUUCCAAAGUGCAAUUUUCAAACUUUUGGUACUCACAGAAGUUCCUGGACGUGUUCACUGUGAUGUUACGGAGCUCACAUGGACUAGAAUUUUACAGUUUUGCAGUGUUUUAAAUUCGUUUAUCAUGAGCAGAGUCUUUACUGUGGAAGUUGUGAAUACUCUCAUUGGUGUGCAUUGCUCUUUGUCAUGUGCUUUUUAAUUUAGUAUCAAGUUUUUAUUUUGUAGUAGGAUUGUGCUCUGUCUGUGUUUUAUGUCAAUGUUUUUAUACAAACUUUUUUAUAUUUCCUUGCGUGAUCUCUUCUAUCUCACUUUGUGUAUCUAAGUCAUUUGAGCGUCACCCAGUUCAAACAGUAUCCUUAAAAUUAUCUGGUAGUCUUUCUGCAGCCAUUGUGCCUUCGUCUGAAAAUUCACAUAAUUUAUGUGUUGUGCAUGCGAGUAUAUUGAACAAAGUAUUUUUAAUACACUGCAUUUGAGCAUUUAGUCGUUAAGUGCAGUCCUUUUAUUCAUUGCAUACGAAAAGCAAUGACAUGUAUUUGUGCAUUAGUAGUACUUACCUCAAAAUACUAUCAAACUUCUUACAUUAAAAGAUAUCGAAUACUUCAAAGUAAUUUUUGCACCAUGAAUGCAGCUUAUUUCAAGAUUGCACAUAUUUUCCCAUCAUUUUCGUUUUUUAUGUGACCUGAAAUAUGAGCAAAAGAUUAUAUUAAUUUAACAAUAUAAGUUCGUACACAGCACCAUGUGCUCAUGGUGUACCUGUUAUAGUUAUUUCCGUUCACGGUUGGACCAGGGGAAGUUACAUAAAUCUUCAUUCCAUGACAUGGCUACAGUGCACUACAAUGUUAACAUUCGAGUUACUGAGCAAGUUCAUUUCGUGGGGAACAAUGUAUUGAUAAAUAAAUCUUUGCUUGGUACAUGAAUCGGAGGGAAAUGGCAAAGGUGACAGGCAUAUGCUGUGAAACCAACUAUAUAAUCGAUAUUAAUGUAUGAAAUUUACCGCUGUCGGUGACAGAUUUUUCAGGUAGCCUUUUCAGAUGGGUCUAGAAGGAUGCAUGAAAUAGGUAGAACUAUGGAGCAGUUAAUGUUUAGUUUUACCUUUUUAGUUAGUGCUUAGUUUAAUGUUUAGUUUACACCUCUUAAUGUCAUAGUGACCAAAUUGCUCAAUAACUACAUGACCCAGACAGCUCGUUGCAGACAUGAAGCAGCAAAAUAAAAAUAAAAAUGCACACACACUUAACACACUUGUUUUUAAAACCUAAAAGCAUAGUACGAUAGAGGGGGCACGUUUAUUUGAGUGUGGCAAACUGACAUUCGCUCUAUGCUCAGUAAAGAUUAGAGCCUGAAGUUUUAGGUUUUAACCAGAUUCUUCCCCGAAUUGAAGGUUGCCUUUUUAGGGUGAAACCCGAAUUUUUACCCACAAAUUGCCCUCAUUAAGACAUCCGUACGAAUGCACACGAACUCGUUUGGCAGCAAACGCAGUUACAUCACCGUUUGUACCAAACCAGUACAGCUGGUUUGAACAACUGAGCCCGAUUUCUCCCUGAAUUUAGCAUCGUGAAAGUUUUUCCGGACGAAUUCGCGUGAAUUUAGAGCACACGUUUAUUUACCCGAUUUUUACCCCCCGAAUUUAGACAAAAAUAUUUCCCGAAAACGUCGGGCUCUAGUAAAGAUGCGCGAAAUACGCAGAGGAUAACAGCACCCUAUCCUGGGUGCUGUUAGCCGUACAGAGUCGUUGAAAUAAGAAACAAGUUUAAUAGUCUCACGUUGCAAAUUCCUAUGUUACAUACGCGUAUCGAAAGUUUUCAUGUCGGCGUCCUGCCGAUCGCGAUUCUCGCCCUCUCUCCUCAUCCCCAGUGUUGCCUCCUGCUCCCAGGAUUCGGCUACUCUUGACACCACCGGGCUUCAAAAUUCUGCGUCCUCGCAGUCACCCACAAUAUAGUCCCUGAGCCAGCGGGGUGGACGUAUAUUCCGACGUGCUGCUCUUGGUGUCCUUGGGUUCUCUGCUGUCUCUGUUGGCCCAUGCAUUUCUGGCUGUGGUGCCUCCUGGUCUGCGUCUUGUGCUUCCGGUGAUAUGACGUUAUCUGUCUCUUCUGAUGUUGACCCGUCAUUCGCCGUGUCAUCUGGCGCGCGGAAACUGUAGCGCUUGAGCUGGCGUGCUGUUGCUAAUCGUGUUUCUGUACCGCCAUUGAGUGUACGAGAUACUGUGUAUGUUUGGUUCUUCGCGUCUAGCACCACAUAUGGUCCGUCGUACUUGGGACCCAACUUGUGGUCACGAACUCCGUUGUCGUACCAUACCUUGUCGCCUACCUGGUGCUUGGGAGUCGUGUGCUUUUCAUCGUAACGCUUUUUCAUGCUGCGCAGGUAUGCUGUUAAGUCUUCAGAUGCUGCUUCCCGUAGAGCGGUUACGUCCUCGGCGGAGAUGUCGGAUACAACGCCCAAGUUGUUGUCCACCGGUUUUCGAGGAGAAUAGUUGUAGAUGAGUUCGAACGGCGUUUGUUUGAUACCUGCAUGGUACAAGGUGUUCGAGUCGAAUGUGCUUUUCUGCAGGUAUGAACUCCAGUUGUUGAUGUCUCCGUUUAUGUUUUUUCGAAGCGGUUGAAGUAUUCUUCCGUUCGCCCUUUCUACCAGUCCGUUUGUUUGUGGUGCGUAUGGGACUGUUAAGGUGUGGCUGAUGUGACGAUCCUGCAGGUAGUUCUGCAAGGCGCUAGACACAAACACUUUGUCAUUAUCACUGAUGACACAGUUUGGUGUGCCGAACUUGCAAACAAUGUCUUCCUCGAUGAAACGUAUGAUGUGCGUUGUCGACUUAUCGGGUACAGCCCGUGUGAUGAUGAACCUAGUGUUCACAUCGACUGCCGUGAUGAUAUAUCUGUUCUCAUCAAGCGUGUUAAUCGGGCCGAUAUGGUCCAUAGCUAUGCUCUCGAAGGGAACCUCACUUGGGAGUCGUGGACUUAGAGUUCCUUGUUGAAUCCCCGUUGCAUGGUUGUAGCGCUGGCAUGUUGUGCAUGUCUUGACAUAAUUAUUUAUGUCACUGUUCAUGUUUUUCCAGUAGUAUUUCUUUUGUAUGUUUACCCUCGUGCGCAGCGAAUCGCCGUGUCCACUUUCGUCGUGGUAUGUCUUCAAAAUCUGAGAGCGCAGUGACAGAGGUAUCACUGUGUGACGUCUCUUUGAUCUUCUGUCGUCUGAUACGUGCAUAAGAAUGCCGUUUACAACCUCAUAUUCGGCGUUGGUUAUGUCCCUGUUACUGCCUGGGUCUUCCAAGCCGUUGAUGAUGGGUCGAAGGUCAUCGUCCUCGAGUUGUUUUUCUCUUAGAUGCGUGCUGCCAGCUUGCAGUACAUAUAUCGCAUUUACCUGUCGUGGUAUUCGGGACAGUGCGUCUGCGAUAGUGUUGUUUGAUCCGCGUGUGUGGUGGACUGUAAAGUUGUAUGCCGCGAGAUCCAUCACGAUGCGAGCAAAUCGACGGUUAGGAUCCUUUUUUGACAUGAUGUGGGCGACUGCCCAGUUGUCCGUGUACAACUUGAAGUUUUGCAGUCCCUGCAGAUAUUGGUGAAAUUUGUUCGUUAUCGCCCAAUGUGCCGCGAUCGCUUCGAGCUCCGUGGAAUGCUUGUGCUGAUCAGACGCUGACAACAUACAACUAGCAUAUUCCACCACUCGUUCUCUGCCGUUGUGUGUCUGCAUUAGUACUGCUCCCAGUCCAGUGUAUGAUGCGUCGACAUACACUUGUGUUGGCAAUGUUGGAUCGAACGUGGCAAGCACGGGUGCUUGUAAAAUAGCACUCUUGAGACUGUCCAUGGAUUUUUGGCACUCAUCGGUCCAGGUGAACAAACUGUCUUUCUUCGUGAGAGCUGUCAAUGGACGUGCGAUCUGUGAGAAAUUUCUCACGUAUUUCCUGUGGUACGAUGCCAGUCCAAGAAAUGAUCGAAGUUGAGUUUUUGUUGUCGGAGUGCUGUAGUUAUCGAUGGCCGCUGUGCGACGUGGAUCUGGGGUUAUCCCAUCGCUUGAGAUUAUAACGCCAAGGAAGUCGAUCUUGGGAACAGCGAAGACACAUUUCCCGAGGUUGAUACGGAGUCCUACCUGUAGUAGAGAUUGCAACGUUUUGUCCAACAUCAAGAAGUGUUCCUCCACUGUGUUUGUGAAAAUGCAGAUGUCAUCUAUAUACACAGUGACCUUGCCGCUGUCGAUAAGUUCAUUCAGGCACUCAUUCAUGGCAUACUGCAUCGUGGCUGGUGCUGUGCACAAACCGAACAACAUUCGCAGAGGUUCAUAAUGUCCAUGGUCUGUGAUGAAUGCCGCCUUCGGUACAUCCUCUUCUCGGAUUGGGAUGUUUAAGAAUGCCUUGUUUACAUCGAGUUUCGAGUAAAAUUUGAAUCCCGAGGCUUGUCGGAUCAAGUUGUCGAUCUUUGGCAUUGGGUAGGUUGUCUUGAGAGUUUUCGCAUUCAGAAAGCGAUAAUCCACACAUAGCCUUCGUGGAGUCGUUUCAUGUUGUGGUUGGUCCACCACAAUUACAGGUGACGCGUAUGGUGACUUAGACUUCCUGAUGAUUCCUUUUGCUAACCAGUCGUCCACUUGGUCCUUUAUGAACUUCUUGUUCAUUUCGCUUGUGGAGUACGGUUGCAUUCUUACAGGUCUGUCGUCUGUCAACUCGAUGGUGUGCUUGACAGUAGAGCACAGACCGAGUUCUCCGUUUGGUUUCGUGAAUAAGUCCUUGUUCUUGUGCAAUAUACGUUUUAGCUCGUCCAGCUCUGUGUCGUUGAGUAUGCCAGAGUUUGGCAUUUUCGUAAUUGUUACACUUAUCUCUUCAGCUGGUGGGAGAUGAACAGUGUGCCUCGCUUCUCUGUUGCUGUCCUGCUCGCCUGUGUGGACGGCCUUGAUUCCUCCUAGCACAUGUAACAACUUCCGUCUGCUUCCUGGCUCCGUUGGUGUAUCCCUUAUCUUGAGCUCCUCCAUAGUGGGCUCGCCGUCACCCUUUGGGGCUGAACAAUGUUCCCAUGACGUGGGGUUCUCCCUGAUGGCAGAUGCUUGACCUUCAGUUUCAACCACUGUUGGUGCUGUCAUCCUUAUGCAGUUUGAAGACAAAGUUUUCGCUGGUGUAGUCAACUGUAAUGGAAAGUCUCCCUUUGCCGUUUGUUGCCUGGGAAUCCAUUCGAACGUGUGGUUGCCCUCUGUGAAUCGUUCAACGUAAUCGAAUGCAAUGCAUUCGCGCCAGUCCAGUCCCACAAUGACUGAGUGUUGCAGGUUGCCAACAACUCGUGCUUCGAUGGUCGCUGUUGCUCUGCCGAUCGUGACUGUGACUUGUGUGCAUCCGACAGGUUGACGUGCCUCACCGAAUGGACCUUUGAGAACGGUGUCCUCAUCCUUAAUGAUUUCGAAAUUAUGCUCCAAUGCGAAACUUUCAGCUAUAAGUGUAGCUGCUGAUCCCGUGUCCCACAACGCAGGUGUCGUGACGCCAUUCACUCUUGCCGGUAACAUUAUCGUUCUCACUGGUGAUUCUUGGCAUGUGGCCACGAUGUUGUGUACCUUCUGUUCGUUUUGUGGCAUACUCGGAGGUUUAUGCGGAGUCCGAUUUUGCCUGCGGAGUGCUGCUGCUGCCUUCUGUUCUUCAGAGCGUAGGUCAGGCUGUGUGCAAUCCUUUGCCCUGUGGCCUGCGGUAUAGCAUCUGGCACAGGUGUCUGGUGACAGUCGGGUUGUCGGUUUCGUCACUGUGUUUUUCUGUUGUGGUGGUGUCGCUGCUGCGGAUGAAGGCUUGUCCACGUUGUUUGUAGGGUUUCCAUCUUGACGAUCGAGUUGUCUUGCAUAUUGGAGGAAAUCAGAAACAGUGCCUUUCCUGAGAUCAUGAAAUGCAGACAGCAUUGGCUUGUAGGCUGUUCCCGAAAUCCCCUCGAUAAGCCAGUCGACAAUGUCAGCGUCGGACAACGCGUACUUUCCCCGCUUUAUUCGUUGUAGCCUUGAGUACAUGUAGUCCACCAUGCCCUCGUUUGAACGUUGCCGUCGUGCAUUUACGUGCUCGACCCACUGUCGAAAGAGUAAAGGCCUGUCGAACUCACUCUUCAGCGCAGAUUUCCAUUUGUCCCAACCUGCGAUCUGCGUCCCUUCCGUACGUUGCCAUUCCAACGCUCUUCCCCUCAGACGCGAUAUGGCCGCGCUUAAAGUGGCUGUCUCACUCCAAGAAGAACGGUUUCGCAUUGAUUCGACAGCGUUGCACCACUCGCCAAAGUUGUCGUUGUCCGUUCCGCUGUACAAUGGCAGCGUCGAUGUCAUAUCCGGAGCCGUGGUUACGUUUAUCGGCGUGGUUUGCCGUUCUAGUAGACGGGCAAUCAUGUUCAUUGACGUUGCGAGGGUAGCCAUGACUUGCGAUGUCGGAAUUUCGUUGUUUACUUGCUGUGGCGGUCGUAAGAACGGUGCGUCGUCCAUGCUGUCACUCCUCGUGGUGUCCGACCAUGCCUUCUCGGUUUUGACUUGAGUCAUAUCGAGGUUGCCGUUGUUCUCACCGUUGUGAUUCGUAAUCCUCGUCGCCAUGUUAGCCGUACAGAGUCGUUGAAAUAAGAAACAAGUUUAAUAGUCUCACGUUGCAAAUUCCUAUGUUACAUACGCGUAUCGAAAGUUUUCAUGUCGGCGUCCUGCCGAUCGCGAUUCUCGCCCUCUCUCCUCAUCCCCAGUGUUGCCUCCUGCUCCCAGGAUUCGGCUACUCUUGACAGUGCCCAGGUUGGGGCAGCGUUAACUACAGUGAACCCGCGGAUAGCGAUAUCGCGUAUAACGAUAUCCCUCGUACACCGAUGGUUUAUGAUUUUACCGUCAAAAUAUACAUUGUUUCUAUGGGGAAACGACCCGCGUACAGCGAUGGAGACCGUGGUUCGAGUACUCGUGUAACGAUGUUGGACGCUGUCCCGUGCGCGUAAGCUCGCGGCGAAACUCUCCGCGAUAAGAUACAGUACAAUCUCGAUGAUACGCAUCUCACGGGGUAGCGGAAAAAAUUCGUAUCACCCGAAAUUCGUAUCAGAAGAAUUCAACCAAAAUAAAAAUUGAGGCAAGAAAAUAGACAGCGACUGUUCAUUUUUCAAUACUGUUAGUGAAAGAGGUCGGUGGUAACGGUUUUGUGUCUCCGUAUUUGGCCAAUGCUGCUCAAAUUCGCGAGAUGAUUCAAAAGGCCCAGCACGUGCUUUCCACCCGCGAGUCGCGCGAUAGUGUUCUAAAGCGAGCUUCUCCUAAAGCAUGCAGGCUUUAGGUGAAGCCGACUUGCGGAAUGGUGACGUGUAGUGUUGCCUGAAGUUGUCCGUUCCCUCCACGAGUUCUGGUCGCUGUUUUUUUAACAUCUGUUUCUUUUUCUUUUGCUACACGCGGGGUGGCGCGCGACUUUUCGGGGACGCGCUAUUUAGGUCAACCCUCGUUUAACGAUGUACCCCGUAUAACGAUGGAAUUCGCGAUUACCGUCAAUAUCGUUAUACGCGGGUUGCACUGUAAUACGUGCGCGACAUUGUCCAAACAUGUGAAAUUCACGAAAUUCAUGACCUGCCAUUUUUGAGAUUAGUGGCCUUAUGCACCGCACAUGGGAGCAGUUCUCAAGAGGCCUACUAGCCAGCGACACCAACUCGGAACAAGUUAUGGACGACAGUGAGCAUCAUGUUAUCUUUAUCAACUUUAUUGUCUCAUUUGGCUCAUAAUUGAGUGGCCCUUAGAAAUAUUUAUAUACAGAUUAUUUAAAAGCGGAGGUUCCACAUGUUCAACAGUAUCAUCGUGAAGUGCAUGGUUUCAUUGAAGGCAGGGAUAAAGGCAUAAGUAGAUAUAUAUAUAUAUAUUAUUUUGGGGGGUAUAACAGGCAUUAUAUAUUUAUAUAUAUAUAUCUGGGUGCAAAGAAAGGCAUUUGUCGUAAUAUUGCAUGUACCGCGUCGUACACGAUGAUAUGUCAGGUUAAGGUACUUGUAAAUCACUCAGAAAGAUGACACAAGGCACGCAAUGUAUUGUAUUUACAGAGUAUGUUGUAUAUAGAAUGUGUUUUAUGUGAAAGAUGCAUAAGAGUCACACCAGGCUAUGUACAUAUAUGCGCUACUAUCUUGUGGUCCAAAAAAGGUUAACACAUUUAUGUGUGCACAUGUGAGUGCAAUGAAAUGUUAAGGCAGGGGAAGAAAAAGUGGUGCAAUGUUUUUGGGGAAAGCAAGAAAUGAAUAAAUACUGGAUUUUUCUUGA